AUGGUGAACACGACAGCCAUUGAGGAAACUAACAGCGGCGGGGAAAGCGGGUUGUCAAUGGCAAAGCCGUUCGUUGACAAAUGCCCAGCGUUGGAGGAAAGUUCAACUCAACUUGGCUACAAGGUAAGCUGCAGAUCCCAAGAUUCAAGACAUACUGAAUUCUUUUUCAGGGCAAAUUCGAAUGGUCGACAUUUCAACAAAGUUUUCUUGUGUCCGCCCUGUUCUACACUUCUCUCUUUACAAUCCCAAUCAGCGGAACACUGGCCGACAGGUUCAAUGCCAAGUAUAUUAUCCUCACUUCGGUUGUGAUCUACGCAGCAUUGACGAUUGCAACACCGCUUCUUGCGAACUUGGAUUACUACGCCUUCGUUGGUGGUCGAUUUUCUAUGGGAUUUGUGGAUGUAAAUCAUUUGUGCUUUGAAAUGCCCAUUAUUUUAGGGCAUGAUAUUCCCAGCAAUCACCUCUGUCGUCGCGAAAUGGUUUCCGCCGUCAGAGCGGAGUACAGCCGCAGCCACUUACACCUGUGGCGCUCAACUGGCAGUGGUUGUUAACGCGCUAGUGGCUCCAGAACUUUGCUUGAUCGAUCUUUGGGACGGCUGGCCAUUUAUCUUUUAUGGAGCAGGUACAACAUGGCUGAAGCUUCUAUUUGUUUUCUUAAUUAUUUCAAAUUUAGGCCUUGUCUCGAUUCUGGCGGUGAUUUUGAUUGGCAUUUUCUUGGCCAACACUCCAAAUGAAUGCACUUGGAUUGGCCAGAAAGAAAAGAAAUAUUUGAACCAAAAGCUGGAAGUGGAGACCUCGUUGAGCAAAAUGGCAGGUGAAAUAUUAAUUCUGAUGUCUUGAGGUUUUAACAUAUGCAUGGUAAACUGAAAAAUACGGGAUGUUUAUUAUAGCAAAAGAAACCCAAAGUACCUUACAAGAAGAUUCUAACGUCGCCGGUCGUUCUUUCCAUUGCCCUGAAUGACAUGUCCUACAGCUUUUCUUACAUUAUGUUUUCACAGUUCUUGCCUUCCUAUCUUCGAGACGUCUUGCAUAUCAACCUGGCGCAGGUACCCUUUACACCUUUGUACAUGCAUUUGUCUGCAUCUGUCAUCAAAAUUUGAUCGUUUUUCAGAACGGCCUUUUCACCGCGAUUCCAUUCGCUGUAAUGGUUUUGGUGAAAAUCCCGAUGGCAUCGUUGGCCGACUACUUAAGACAUCGCGGAAUAUUUAGUAUCACGCAGAGCUGCAAAAUUAUGCAGGCUUACGGCAAGGCCUUUAAAGCUAUGUGGGUUUCUGACAAAACAUUUCAGCAUGUAUUGGGCUAGCCUCGACAUUCGUAGCCUUGGCUCUAUUCGUGGAUUGCACUCGCGUAGGCCUUGCGAUAUUCCUGUUCAUCGCGUUUGGCGCAACUUUCGCCGGACAAGUUGCUGGCGCGUAUACAGCCAUUCUCUUCGUUGCACCACCUUUUGUGGGUACCGUGAGUUCGGUGGCCACCUUCGUCGGGAUGAUCGCUUCCAUUGGAGCGCCAACUGUGUUCUCGUGGUUCAAUGUUCAUGUAAGCAGUGCGCAUGAGGAUGUAAGCUCUUUUUAGAAUACUGAGAAAGAGUAUCGAAACGUAUUUCUGUUCUCUGCAGCCGUAAAUUUCUUCAGCGGAUUGAUGUUUGUAAUUUUUGGAUCAGCUGAAGUCCAACCAUGGGCAAAAGUGCAGAGAAUUGAGGUCAAUCCACAGUCCGAAACUGUUGACGUAGAUCGAUUUUAG